UGGAGCCUCAAAUCAAUGAGGAAGAUCAAACUCUGGUCAAUUCUCAGGCUCCACCUCCUACCAAUGACCAUGAACAGAAUUCGUUUCUGGAUUUAUGUUCUGGCCAACCAGACCAUGGGUCUGUUGUUCAGGACAUCCGCUCAAUCCAUGACGACGGCAUACAUGAAAUUGCCAUGAUCUGCACUCGGGCGAUUGCAGGAGGUUCGACAACCUGCCCAAUGCCUCACUUUACCGCCAGAGUGUUUGAUGCUUUUGGUACUCAACAAUACCUAGGAGGCAUUCAUGCCUUUCCUACCUCCUACACUGCAACACCGUCAUUUCAACAUCGCAAUCUAGAUAGUGGGACGAAGUGGAAGGAGCGCUGUGCUGAAGACAUGUGGGACAGGGUGGUAUUCUUACAGGGGUAGG